UACUUGUGGAUGUAUACGUCUGAGCAGAUUGUGCUCACUGACAGUAGCCAGGGAGGGGCUGCUGCUGCAAAACAUAUCGACAGAAUGAAUGCAAAGAGCCCAAAGAACACUUCCUGUUGAUGAAAAAAGAAAAAAAAAAAAGAAGAAGAACCCUGCAGCAGCAACUGACACAUCUGGACUGAAGGGGGGAGAGGCCUGGCUGCGGUGUGAGCGAACUACUGAGGGGAAUGGACAACGUUUGAUGUGCAGCUCGGCUUUCAACAAACUGGAGCGAUAUAUCCAAGACAUGGACGACGGCAGCUACAUCGAGUUUGAUGUGCCGGAAUUCAGCAACACUGUUCUGAACCAGCUCAAUGAGCUGCGGCUGCAAGGGAAGCUGUGUGACAUCAUUGUGCACAUUCAGGGUCAGCCAUUUCGAGCCCAUAAGGCUGUGUUGGCAGCCAGUUCACCUUAUUUUCGUGACCAUUCGGCUCUCAACACAAUGAGCGGUCUGUCCAUCUCAGUCAUAAAAAGCCCCAAGGUGUUCGAGCAGCUUCUUGCAUUCUGCUACACGGGUCACAUGUCCCUGCAGCUCAAGGAUAUCAUCAGUUUCCUCACAGCUGCCAGUUUUCUACAGAUGCAGGCCAUUAUUGACAAGUGUACCCAAAUCUUAGAGAGCAUCCACUCAAAGAUCACGCUCCCUGGUAGUGUGUGCAGCCCAGAAAAGGAUGACUCACAGGCUAGUCGCAACGGAGUCAGUGACAGCAGUCUUUUUGUGAACCCUACCCAGAUCUCCCCCCCUUACUACUCACGGCAGAGUCACGCAGGACACGAAGCUCGCUUGGAACUGGCGGCAAAGAACCUGGUCCGUGGCAGACAGCAGCAAGAAGAAGGCCAGUCAGACCGCGGCAGCAGUGACAGCAUAUCAGAGCAUGAUGCUCCCAUAGAGGGUGAAACUGAGCAAGUGGAAUUGAUUGGCAAAGAUGGUCAAAUGAUGGAUGUACCAGUGAAAGUAGAGAAGGUCGACAGACCCACUUACUCAGAUAGCUCCUCAGCUGGCGACGAUGGUUACCACACAGAGUUGGUAGACGGUGAACAGGUAUUAGCUGUUAGCGUGGGUUCAUAUGGUCCUGUCAUCCAGCCUGCUGCCUAUUCUUACUCAGGGCUGUCCUCACCAUGCUUUGUCAACCUCAACAGUUCCAGUCCCUCCCGCUCCAUCCUCAGUGGCUACAGAGGUGGGCGUGUCAGGGCAAAGCGCGCUGUGGCCAUUCCAGAAGUUCUUGCUCAUGUGAAGCCAGGCUCUGAAGAUGGCGAAUCUGUUUUGGGAGUCACCGGGUUGGAAAACGACAUGCGAGAGCGUAGCCUGCGAAGCCAGUGGUACCCCUACAACGAGAGGCUCAUUUGCAUCUACUGCGGAAAGACCUUCAACCAGAAAGGCAGUCUUGACCGCCACAUGCGCCUGCACAUGGGGAUCACCCCAUUUGUUUGUAAAUUCUGUGGAAAGAAGUACACAAGGAAAGAUCAGCUAGAAUACCACAUCCGUGGCCACACGGAUAACAAGCCCUUUCACUGUCAGAUCUGUGGCAAAUGCUUCCCAUUUCAGGGCACCCUUAACCAGCACCUGAGAAAGAAGCACAUGGGCAUGUCGGAGGGCAGCAAUCAUAUGGAUUCUCCAGAGAGGACGGAGGGAAGUUCUGAUCAGAAGGACAAAGAGGAAACAUCUGAAGUGAUACCCUUCGAGGCACAGUACGCAGAAGAGGCACUUGUCAAUGAUAUGGAAGAGAUUGCAAAAUGCAGUCCAGAAGAGGCCUCCAGCAUCUAGAUGUGAUUUUUAGGUCCUGCUUCAGGUUAAGGAAGCUUUAAGAAAUGUAUUUCUCAACUAAACAUAAAGGAUUUCUUUCUUAAUGAAUCAACUCCCUCUACUAUGGACAUUUCUUAAGUCAAGGGUUUCUGUAUGUUUUGUGAAAGUCAAUGAAUGCAGAGAGCAAAUAGAACUUUGCUUUAUAGAACAUAGAUUCUUUCAAAGAAAAGGGAGUAACAGCUUACUAUUUUUGAGAAGGUCCCAGUAAUCAAGACCUUCCAAAUGAUUUUCUCUUUAUAUCUUUCCAGGUUUUUUAAAAUAUAUUUACAGAGUUACAUAGGCAUGUUGCAAUAAUUGAUAAUGUGAAAGCUCUGGUAAGACGCUUGUCAUAUCACCUUUUUACCUGACCUGUUUUGCACACGUGGCCGUCAGAGGUCACUUACUCACAAGGAAUGAUUUUUCUGCCAGUGCAAAGCUUCGUGUAACAUUUUUUCAAUACCUCAUGAUGCAACUUAAAUACUCACAAAAGACAGUAUUUUAACUGAAACUCACCAGGUUCUACCUCAUAGCCAAGAACCUACUAGACACAGAUGUGUUUGCCGUUCAAUCUGUUUUGAAUUGUUUUGUAUUUUAUUGCCAAAUCCUGUCAUAUUCUUUCAACACAAAGCCUUGAUACUUAGGGAAAAUAUUCCUUGCUGAUUGUAUGGACUAGGGACAAAGUCCUUGUUAAAUGUUUGACGGUCAGCCAGGUUAACCAGAAGGUGCUAUGCUAGGAGUGUGUUAAAUUUGCUUGUGUGUUUGCUUUUAGUAAAUGCGUUAAGAGAAUGGCCCUGUAUAGAUUCAAGGUAUAAUUUUAAACCUUAGUUUUACGAAACACUUAAGGAAUUUAACUUAUCACUACUGGAGAGCUCACUCUCUUGGCCAAGGUAUGGCUUUAGAUGCUGUCAUCCAUGGAAUAGAUGCGUUCUAUUCAUACGGUGAAGUCAUUUAUAUUUCUCUAUACUCUGGUGGCAAAUUUAUACUAAACUGUUAUGUGUAACGUGUUGGUCCUGAUGUAGUUCCUGCUGUUUACACUCUGUCCAACACAGGUAAGAGUGCACAUUUUGAACUCAGCACAGUAGGAACAGCUCUUGAGUUUGCAAGAAUCAAUGGAGUACAUUAGUAUGACGAAUAUGCAAAGACACCGUACAAAGGAAUCUCAGCCAUCUUGACAUGGUUUUUCUUCCUUUAUUGGUUUGUUUCGUGUCUUGUUCAUUGUGUAAUUUCACAGUGGAUUAUGGAUCUGUGACCUCUAUUGCCUGCUUUGCAUGGGGCCAAAUGCAGAGUUGGAGCACACUUUCCUCAUUAGUCAGUCCUACUUUAUGGUGCUGACCUAGAUGUGAUGUAGUUAGAUAAUGGCUAAGAGGUAAGCAGUGUUGGAGGGAGCUGGAAAUCCAAAGUAUCAAUGCACUUUGCAGAGUUAUGAUUGGAGUAGAUGUAGUUCUCUGUUUUAAGUGUGAAGCAGAGGUGGUUUGUGUAGGGCUACAGUUAUUUUCAUUAUCCAUUUAAUCUGUUGUUCUGAUUAAUCAGUUCGUUAAUGAAUAUCACAAGCCCAUCAAAUGUGCCCAUCACAGUUUGUCAGAACCCAAGCAGACAUCGUCAAACUUCAUAUUUGAUCAAACGCUAAUGAUCAAAUCGACCCCCAGAUAUUCAUGUUUUAGUUUAGUCUUUUCACAACCCCUUUAGCUCAGAUUGAGUCACUUCAGGUUUUAAAUCAACUUUCCAUUUAUUUAAAACUAUUUAAAAUGAGUUGAGAAUUUGCUAGUGAUGGGUUUAAAACUCAUUUUAAUCUGGCUUUAAAGCACUUUAAACAUGUCUGUGCUUGGUGUAACAUGGAUUAAAAUUAGAUGAUCUCUAUUUUAACCAGAUUCAAGAUGUUUAAGAUUCACUACUGUUGGUUUAGAGCAUUUGAAACUGAGUUUAAAUUGAGUUUAGUCCAAUUGAUGUCAAAACGUCACAUGGCGAGCAGUUAUUUACCUGAAGAUCGACUAAUCGUUUCCGCUCUACUGCUGCCACAUGAGAAAUGAAAUGGGGUGAAACAACUUUUGUGUCGCGCGCCCCCCCCCCCCCCCCCAUGUAAAAAACAACAAAAAAAAAUAUGCAUUGCUUGAUGUGAGUUUAAAUGACUGUAACCAUGUGAAUGCUGGUUGGUGGUAACACAUGACUGUGUUUAACUAUGUCGUUUGAUGAAUAGGUAACAGGGAUUGGGUGAUGGUCUAUCUUCUAGAGUUGGUUUUAUUUGUCAUAAUUUCAAAGAAAAUGCCGUAUGGCAUUUGGAAAGGCCUAAUUGGUAAUCCUGUCAUGAGGUUGCUGUUGUGCUGAUGGAAAGCACAGGUGUGGGGGUCCAUUUGUAGUGGUUCAUUGCCUUGCUGUAUGCAUUUUUUUUUUUUUUUAUGUCCUAUCUGGUCUUUGGUGAAUUUGUGUCAAACUGCAUUUGAUUACUUUACAGUUGAUGUGUAAUUAUUUUGUCGACUGUUUUUACAUUUUGUGUGUUGUUAAUUUUUCUCUUAUGUUGCGUCAUAAAGCAGUCCUUUAUUCCACUGAAUGUGCAGUCAUAAUCCUCACAGCUGAGAUGGAAAACAAAGCCAAAAUAUUUGGAAUUUUGCAAGUGUCAGUAUAGCUAGCUCUUUAUCAUGUUAUGUACAGGUUUAUCACAGUUUUCUCAUCACUUGCAGUUCAUCAGUCAGUACAGUACAUUUCAAAAUAAUGUUUUCUAAGCAGUGUUUUAGUUGUCUUCAGCUGACGUGAUUUGCAGCUUUGACUGCUGACGUGACCUGAAAACGGUCGCCGAGUAAUUGAAAUCUGUCUUUUGGGGAUUUUUUUUGCAUCUGGAAGAAAGGAGGGAAUGUAUAAAUUUUUUGCAAUAUUCUUAAUAAAGUAGGAAUGAGUACAACAUAAUUAUGUGCCAAGAGUUCACGCCAAAGAAUAAUGGAUGAUUUUCAACAAGAAAUGCUUGCGCGUCUUGCGUAAUUGAAGCUUACAAAGAAUAUUGGAUUAUUAAUUUACCAGAGGCCAACUUUAAGGAUUGCACAUUUCUCCAUCUUACAACAAUCAUAUUUAAAGCUACAAUUUGCUGAAUAGGUAUUAAGCAGCUGAGUCAUCAUUAGUAACACUAAGCCAUAAAAA